UCCUACUUUGUCUCGCUUCAGAAAAUCUUGAACGAGAGUUUAUAGAUUACUGUGCGCUAGGUACUCUGUCCCUUCAAUCCCUUUCUCUCUCAUCUUUUUCUUCUUUCUCUCUUCCCUCUUCCCUUGUCGUCUUCUCAUUGUCUCCCUCUGCUCUUGAACCCACCAAUAAUUUAAUUAAACAAAAACAAACACUGUAAUUCAAACAGUUGAAUCAUCAUCAUCGUCCUCAAUUAAACCUGCCCAUUUGAAUCUGGAGAUCUCCUUCUGGUGGGAUAACUUGAUUCUGAUGCAAGGUCAAAGGAGAAGUGUUGGAUCGUUCCCAACAAUUAUUAGUAUGAGGCAAGCGCCCAGUUCUCGUGGCACUGAUACAAAUCAUCAGUCUUCCUUGAAUCAUGUGCAAAAUGCUGUAGAUUCCCGAUUUUCAGAUUAUAGGGGAUCUUUUGGUGAGACUGCAUAUUUAUGUAGUACUAGUCAGGAUGUUCAAAGCUUCAGUUGUUGGAAUUUAGGGGAAUCUAGUUCUAGACUGAAUCUGACCAACCAAAGCAAUGCGGAAGGUCUAAAAUCAGAACAUGGUUUGUCUUCUUCAUAUAAUGCUACUAGUGAGGAUGGUCUCGAGUAUGAGGAAAGACAAUUUGAACCAAAUAGAGUAAUUUUUCCUGUUAGCUCAAGUAAUAACCUACAUGGCAAUCAAUCUAGAGUUUAUCCUCCCUUUUGUCAAGGCUCUAGUUCUAAUCAUAUUACCCAACAUAUUAGUCUAGAUAUGGGGCAUGUUGCCAAUGCUUCUGACCGUGGGAAGGGAAAAGAAGCUAGUAGUAGUGUUGAUGACUAUAAUAGUAAUGGAAUAGAUAGAGAAAAGACAUUAUUUGGCAGUGCAUCAUGUAAUUACAUAGGACCUUCAUCUGAAAACUCUGGAUCCAUGGCUUGGGUUGAAGGUGAUAGUUCAAGUUCUCUAGUUGAUUGGGGUCCUUCCUGCAAGAGAAAAGCUCUUGAAGGUAGUUCUAGGCAACUGUGCUCAGGAGGAAGCUCAAGCGCGCUUGCACAAUCUGAAAAUGAUUAUUGGCCUAUUGGUCCUGCUGAUCCUAAUGCUUCUAGCAACUUAAGUGAUGUUUCAACUUUGGAGGAUAUUCCUGUUACCAGUCCUCCAUUACUGCAGAAUGUAAGAAAUGAAGUGAGACAAAAAGCUUCCAAUGCAUUUCCUUUGAUAAGUAUUGCAGAAAAUCUAGAAAGGCCUCUAAGAAACUUCAAUAGAAGAAUGAGCCAACUACAGGAUCAGGAAUCUAUACAUGUCAAUUUACCAUCAAUAGGGUGUUUUAGGCAUCAAAAUCAUUCUUCGCUGAAUCAAAUACCUAGCUCUCAGUCAUUUAAUGAUUCAUUGGAAUUGAGGUUAAUAGCUGAAGUAACAACUGCUAAUUCUGGUACUUCUUUAAACCAAUCACCUGCCCAACGCAUCCAUUCUUUUCCUUUGAGUAGAAUCGCCAAUCCUAGGUGGGGUAGAUCUUCAUUUUCUUAUAACUCUGGAGAUAGAGUUAUUCGAGAAGACUUUAAUUUGAGAGUGUUUCCCAGAGAUAGUACUGAGCACCCUUUGAAUGCACCUGCAUCUUCACAAUACGAACCUACACGUUGGCAUACACCUUCUGGUAAUGUGAACUUUUCUGAAGGUGUACCUCGAUCUUGGAUUGGAUCUAGUUCAAAUGCCCACCCUUCACAUAACUCUGGCUGGAAUUUUAAUCAUGAAGUCCCAAAUGAAAAUGUGCAGAGUGUGUCAGAGUUCAAUCUUUGGCCCCUUUUUCCAUCAAUUUGCUCUGCAUCUGGUAUUCAUAAUGGUCAUUCUACUCCAUCUUCUUCUGGCCCUCCCUCGUUUACCCAGGGUUCUGGCAACAAUCAAUCCUAUUUAAGAACAACAUUGUUAACGGAAAGAGGUGCUGAAGUUCUCUCUAGUCCCCAUUCAUUGCAAGCACUAACCUUCGGCAAUGAGGGGAGACGACAACUACUAUCCGAGAUUCGCCAGGUCUUGAUGGCAAUUCGAAGGGGUGAGAACUUACGAGCUGAGGAAUCAAAAUAAUGUAGAAGAAACGUUGGAGCACAACAAGUGUAUGGGCCAAAAGAGCCAUUGGUUCAUGAGACCCCUAAGGCAUGAAGGUGUUAUGUGCAUAAAAGGAAGAAGGGAUAUCCUAAAGUUGAGGUGGCAUGAGUAGUGGAGAGGUUGUUAAACAUGAAAUAAUAUUUUUAUUUAGACUCAUGAGUAAGAAGCAUUAUUUUAUUUUCUUAUAUUCUUUUAGAAGAGCUAUGCUUUGGGCAAUAGGAGGUUUCCUCCUUUUGUAGCUUCCUUUCUCUUGCAAAUAAUACAUAAUUCUUCAAUUCCUUAAUAUUUUUUACUUCUAUAUUUACCACUAUAAUACUAGUGUGUAACAUAUAUUGUUCAACUUAAUGCAUUUCCACCAUCAAUGGUGAAUACCCACAAUGACAAAGACAUGACAGAAGAAACAAAUUGCAGAAUUAGUGUUAUCACCCAAAGAGGAAGAAAUAUCGAAGGUCAUGGAGCAUGCGUCAAAAAAGUAGAAGGAGAACUAACGAAAAUGAGAAUAACUAUGAGAUUUUUACGAACCCAAACAAUCACCAACCAACCAAUCAAUAGUAGAAGCUUUGUGAUGUGAGAAUGUAGAGCUGUAAUCAAAGCUUGUUGAAAGUCAAGUGAAGCUUAUUGAUAUGAUGUCCAAGAGCUUGGAAAAAGGCACAAUGGAGGAAGAAGGAAGUUCCAUGAAAAAGGGCAAUGAACUACUGAAUCAUGAGCAACCGGUUAUAAUUGCAGGGUUCGCAGGGUUUGGUCUGAAACCUCUCAAGUAGCUUUUCAUGGGUUAGUGGAAAAACCCAAAAGGUAGACCAGAGGAGUUUUGCUUCCCAUAUAAUUGCAAUCUUAAGGUUCGAAGGAAUUGAUGGGGAAGGAGUUAAUGGAGAACUAUGGAAAACAAAACUCCUUUGCUUGAAGGAAUUGAUAGGGAAGGUAGUUAGUGGAGAACAAAGAAAGGCUGAUGAAGACAUAUGAAGGAAAUUUUAAUGAAGUAAAGAUCUUACUUACCAUCUUACAAAUCAAGUAGCAUUUGUUAUCAAUCUAGUUCAAGGUCAAGGGUCUAUCAAUGUAUGACCUUAUUGUUAUCCACACCAUUAUAAAAACGAAAUAGAGAGGCAAGUAAGGGAACUCUUGAAAAAUGGAUAUGUUAGAUUGUGUCAGAGUUCUAGGCCGACCAUUCUAGUGAAGAAUGUUGCAAGUGACAUCAAUAGUUCUAUGGUGGAGGCUAAGUGGGUUAAGUUGCAAUCGAAUCAUGGUCCCUGGACUACGAUGCUCUUAAGUAGAAAGAAUUGUAUCUUGACUAUCAACUAAAACUUUUGACCUAGUGGUAAGCACUCAAUCCAAAAUUGGUAUGAGAGCCAAGAUCACGAGUUUGAUUCCAAAAGGGACAAUGGUCGAUGGGGAGAUUAUUACAAGUGGCAUCAAUUGUCUCGUGAGAGAGGCCAAGUGGGUUAAAUUUCACUUGAACUUUGACACUUGAGUUGCUAUGCUCUUAAGUAGAAAGAGUUCAAUCCUAACUAUCAAUUAAUAGUUUUUUGCUUAAUGGUAAGUGCUCAAUACAACAAAGGACAAUAAUUGGAGGAUGUGCAUGGACUAUAAAGUAAUAAAUAAAGCCAUAAUUUUGGACAAGUUUCUUGUUCUAGUGGUUGAUGAAUCGCUAAUUGAGCUUUAUGGGACCAUGUAUUUAUCAUCAAGUGCAAAUGAGGGAAGACAGAGUUUCUUACCUAUGACGACCAUUAUGAGUACUCAGUAAUGCCUUUUGGGUUGACAACUAUGUCUUUCACAUUUCAAUAUCUCAUAAACAAGGUGUUUGGGAUUUAUACCAGAAAUAUGUUCUUGUAUUUUUUUAUGAUAUUCUUGUUUGCAAUUCAGAUUGUCUCACAGAUGAUGCACUUAGAGGCUGUUUUAAAAAUU